GGGAGGGGCGAGGGAAAAUAUGGCGGAUGUAGCGGAGCCGGAGAAGAAAAGAAGGAAAGUAGAAGAGCACACUGACAAGUUAGUGUUGAAUGAAUGUAGCAGCCCUGGUUUCUGCUUGUGUGAGAAUGGCUGUUGAUGGUGGGUAUGGGGACACUGGAGACUGGGAAGGUCGCUGGAAUCAUGUGAAGAAGUUCCUUGAGCGUGCAGGACCGUUCACACAUCCUGACUUUGAACCAAGUACUGAAUCACUCCAAUUUCUGCUAGAGACCUGCAAAGUCCUUGUUAUUGGUGCAGGUGGUUUGGGAUGUGAGCUGCUUAAAAAUUUGGGUCUAAUGGGCUUCAGACAAAUUGAUGUAAUUGAUAUGGACACAAUAGAUAUUUCUAAUCUGAACAGGCAGUUUUUAUUUAGACCAAAAGAUGUAGGAAGGCCAAAAGCUGAAGUCGCUGCUGAAUUCAUUAAUGGUCGAAUACCUGGUUGUAAUGUGGUUCCCCAUUUUAAAAGGAUACAAGACUUCAAUGAAACAUUUUACAGGCAAUUUCACAUUAUUAUUAGUGGAUUAGAUUCUAUCAUUGCACGGCGAUGGAUCAAUGGAAUGUUGAUAUCCCUGCUGAACUUUGAAGAUGGAACUCUAGACCCAAGCUCCAUUAUUCCACUGAUUGAUGGUGGGACUGAAGGAUUUAAGGGUAAUGCACGUGUGAUACUUCCAGGAAUGACAGCAUGUAUAGAAUGUACAUUGGAAUUAUACCCUCCUCAGAUAAACUUUCCUAUGUGUACUAUUGCUUCAAUGCCUAGACUUCCAGAGCAUUGUAUUGAAUAUGUUAGAGUCCUACAAUGGCCCAAGGAAAACCCUUUUGGAGAGGGCAUAGCAUUAGACGGCGAUGAUCCAGAGCAUAUUCAGUGGGUUCUCCUGAAAUCACUUGAAAGAGCUGCUCAGUUCAACAUUACAGGUGUCACAUAUAGACUUACACAAGGUGUUGUCAAGAGAAUUAUCCCUGCAGUCGCAUCAACAAAUGCUGUAAUUGCAGCUGUGUGUGCGAUGGAAGUCUUCAAAAUUGCUUCAAGUGCAUAUAUUCCUCUAAAUAACUACUUGGUCUUCAAUGACGUUGAUGGGCUUUACACGUACACAUUUGAAGCAGAGCGGAAGGACAAUUGUCCUGCCUGCAGCCAAGUUCCUCAGGACUUACAGUUUUCACCAUCUGCAAAACUUCAAGAACUGCUAGAUUACUUAACUCAAAAUGCUUCAUUGCAAAUGAAGUCCCCAGCUAUUACUGCAACUUUGGAUGGAAAAAAUAAAACACUUUAUUUACAGACAGUAUCAUCAAUAGAAGAAAGAACACGACCAAAUCUAUCAAAAACACUGAAAGAGCUUGGCCUUACGAAUGGACAGGAGCUGGCAGUGGCUGAUGUAACAACACCCCAAACAGUGCUGUUCAAACUCCAUUUUACACCUUGACAUGUUUUUUGCAAACUUUGAAUAAUUCAGUUGUACAAAAGUUAGUUUUGGAAAGUUACUCACUUUUCUUCAGUGUACCUUAUCAUGUUGGAAUGGACUUGGAUUUGAGUUUGAAUAUAUUCACUAGUAUCACAUCAGACCCACAAAUGUAAGUUUAUUUUGUGUAUAGUUUAAAUGUGACAAGAUAUGAAAUGUCAAUUUAAAAUUGUUGUAAUGACAUUGAAUAUAGAGACUGACUCUUGUUCUUUUUCACUUCACCUAGAAUAGCCCCAAAGUAUUAAGUUUCAAUAUUUUAUAUUAAGAAAACGAGGGAUAAAUUGUUUCAAAAUGUGUACAGCUUUUUGUCAAUUUUUCAGAAUUUCUUUUUUGUAGUUUAGGUUUUGUACAUAUUUAUUGACAUGGGGUGUUAAUCAAAGUACUAAGUAAGCCACUUAAACUUUGUCCCUAAUUAUUUUAAAUAUUAUAUCUAAUUGGCCUACUAAUAAACAUGAAGUUCAGAACAAAGUCAUAGGCCAAUUAAGUUCCACUUUUGGCUGCUAUGUGCUUUUAAAAGAUGUUCAAUAAUGGGUUGUGGCUUUAGUAAAAUUCCAAACCAUAAGCUGUUAAAACAAAUAUUUUUAAAGUUUCAAAAAUGUAAAUUAUCUGUCAUCCUGCUACACUUAAGGUUUGUGAAUUUCUCUAAUAAAGUAAAUACUCUUAGGGUUGUAAACUAAAGUCUGCAUUAAAUGUGUAAAUUCUGAAAGAUACCUAAAAUAUUCUCAUUUGUAAUAUGUUUGAACAAUACUUUAAAAAGAUGAGAUGGGUUUAUUCAUCAUGAAGCUCUGGUGUCCAAAGUCUUUGAGACAUUUUCCACAUGGAAAGAAGCAAGUCUGAAAUACUGGUGGGUAGGAUAUAAUGAUGUGAUCUUUUUGCUGAGUUUGUGGUUCUUUGAGGGUUGACUCAAACUAAUUAAAUAGAUUGAACUAUUAGAAAAGGUGCUGGUGCACAGGCACAUGGAGCCAAGAUUUGUGACUGAAGGAGGAAGCUGAACAUUGCAAGUGACCGUCUGGCUCAAAGAAAUAAAGAAAAGGUACAGCAUAGAAUGGAGCAUAAAGAUUUUUUUAGAUGACAUCUGUUGAGACUUGAAUGGGAGUGUUCUAUGCUGAAUGUUGGAUAUCUCUUGUAGUAGAAUUUUACAAAGUUCCAACUUGAAAAUAUUUAUUGUAAUUGUAUAUAAGUGGGGAGGUGGUGAAUAUCAAGUUGUGACACUGGAAAGCAUCUUAUUAAAAAUAUUUUGGUCAAUGUUCAAAGGUUUUUCUGCAAAACAUGUAUGGUGUCAGUAUUCUGCUGUUGUGAUCACUGUGAUGGCUUCAGAGGCAUGAACAAAAUUCUAAUUCACGAGCAUUCUAUAUUGCCUGCCUAAUUAAGUGCUGGCUGGCACGUUGAUUGUGGGAGGAUAUGUUGUUAAUUGACCACUGGAAAUUUCCCCUGGUGUUGGAGUGGUGGGAAUGUUGGGAGAAUUCUUUAUAGAGAAAGGUAGUGGAAUAGUGAGCCAACAUAGGCUUAAUUGGAAAUAAAGAAAUUAAUAGUCCUGUAUUGAGUUGAUGUGCAUGCAUGCACUGGGGGAGACUGGAUAGCAAUCAAAACUUGGAGAUGUUCCCAAUUUUACUUUCCCCUUCUCUGUUGGCCCAAUGAUGUUGAAUUACUGCAGUGACUUCCUUCCCACUCUGACUGGAGUUUCACAGUCUUUUUCUUUGGACAUUAUUUUUCAUCUAAUGAUUACCUCUUGAAACAACUUUUUUUUUUGCCAGUCUACAUUGUUUCGGUCUCGCAGUACUGCUGCAUUGCGUUUAGGUUGGUAGCAUUGCUGCAUGUCAGGCAUUGCUUAAAGCGGUAAAUUGCCAGGAGAAAGUUAUUGAACCAGAUGUGCUUUUGCAACAUUUCAUUAUUACUCCUAUUGGUUGCAACAGGAAAGGUGCCAUUUGACCUGCUGUUGACCAGUUAUGUUUGAACGCCAGUCUAAUCUGAAGUCUGACAACCAGUUCUCUCCGGUUUCUCUUCAAAUGCCUACUCGGACCCCCUUUCAAGAUCCCGCUAUUGAAUCUGUUUCUGUUUACACCCACUAAUGCUUGCUUCUGCCAAUAUUUGGCUAUUGACAGUCAUUUUAAUGUUUUGUCUUAACUGUUGACCCUUCUGUUAAUAAUUCUUUGUAUGAAGGUCAAGUUUUUGUUAUAUGCACAAAUACAUGCACAGUGGCAUGCAAAAGUUUGGGCACCCCUGGUCAAAAUCUCGGUUACAGUGAAGAGUUAAGUGAGUAGAAGAUAAACUGAUCUCCAAAAGUCAUAAAGCUAAAGAUGAAACAUUCUUUUCAACAUUUUAAGCAAGAUUAGUGUACUAUUUUUGUGUUGUACAAUUUUAGAGUGAAUAAAAAGAAAGGAGCACCAUGCAAAGGUUUGGGCACCCCAAGAGAUUUGAGCUCUCAUAACCUUAAUUAGCUUGUUAGGGCUGUGGCUUGUUCACAGUCAUCAUUCAGAAAGGCCAGGUGAUGCACAUUUCAAAGUUUUAUAAAUAUCCUGACUCCUCAACCCUUGUCCCAACAAUCAGCAGCCAUGACUUCCUUCUGUGGGCUGAUGAAGUUAAAAUAGAACUUUUUGGCCACAAUGAACAAAGGUAUGUUUGGAGUAAAAAGGGUGCAGAAUUUCAUGAAAAGAACAUCUCUCCAACUGUUAAGCAUGGGGGUGGAUCAAUCAUGCUUUGGGCUUGUGUUGCACCCAGGGGAACAUCUCACUGGUAGAGGGAAGAAUGAAUUCAAUUAAAUACCAGCAAAUUCUGGAAGCAAACAUCACACCGUCUGUUUUUUUUUAAAAAGAGCAGCAAGCUUAAGAUGAAAAAAGGAUGGCUUCUACAACAGGAUAAUACCCUAAACACACCUCAAAAUCCUCAACGGACUACCUCAAGAGGUGCAAGCUGAAUGUUUUGCCAUGGCCCUCACUGUCAUCCAAACUAAACAUCAUCAAAAAUCUGUGGAUAGACCUCAAAAGAGCAGUACAUGCAAGACAACCCAAGAAUCUCACAGAACUAGAAGCCUUUUGCAAGGAAGAAUGGGUGAAAAUUCCCCAAACAAGAAUUGAAAGACUCUUUGCUGGCCAUAGAAAGUGUUUGCAAGCUGUGAUACUUGCCAAAAGAGGUGUUACUAAGUACUGACCAUGCAGGGUGCCCAAACUUUUGCUUCAGGCCCUUUUCCUUCUUUUGUUAUUUUGAAACUAGAAGAUGGAAAUAAAAAAAAAGCAAUCUUCUUUAAAAUAUUAAAGAAAUGUAUCAUCUUUAACUUUAUGCCUUUUGGAAAUCAGAUCAUCUUUUGCUCACUUAGCUAUUCACAGUAACACAAAUUUUGACCAGAGGUGCCCAAACUUUUGCAUGCCACUGUAUACGCAGACAAGAGUACAAUUUUUUAUGAAGAACUCAAUUAGAACAGAAAGAACUCAAUUUUGGUGCAAAUUGAUCAAAAUGAUUUUGGGCUGAAGGUGAUGCAGGAGUCUUGGGUCCCACACUGUCGUAUUUGGGAGCACUCGUUGCUCUGCAGCCUCCGAGCCCCUGGACCGGCCUCACUUGCCACGGCAGUGAACUGUCACCACGGCUGUGGGCUCAAUUUCAGAAUCUCCAAAGCUCAUGUUCCGUGUGUUAUUUGUUUACAUUUUAUUAUUUGCACAAUUUGUCGUCUUGCAUGGUGGAUGUUUUUGGUCUUCGUGGAUCCUAUUGUAUUUCAUUGUUUUGUGCAUGCCUGAAAGAAGAUGGAUCUCAAGAUGACGGUAUGGUAUAUACCAUUCAUAAAUUUACCUUGAGCUUUUGGUCUGAUCCCUUCAAAGCUCCCUCUCUGUUGAUUGGAGAAUAACCCCAGCAUCUCUGCCCUCCCUACAAUUCAAGUCCUUUGUCACUGGGUGAACAUUGUGCCUUCCAUGCUCCUGCAUUCUCAGCUCCACAGGCGUUUCCAGCCAGUGUCUACCCUCGCCCUUUCACUGUAAAGGAAUUCUCCCUUUAUUUGACCUCUUAGUCAUCCUGUCAAAAAGUAGCGCUGCUAUUUACAUUAAAUGUCAGCUGCCAAGUACUUUCCCAUUCAACCAGACUGUCAUUUUCUCUGCGAAAUCCUCAGAAUUACACUACCAUCCUUGAAGUUCACUAGGUUUUCAAAUUAUGAUGUCUACAAUUUUGAAAUUGAGCUCUGAAUACACUAAUGACUUGAACUGGAAAGCAAACUCAUUUUUGUUUUCAGACAAUUCAUAAAAAUGUAUUUAAAGUACUAAUUCUAACCUACUUUGACUUACUUUAAAAUCUUCAAGUGAGGUGCAAAAUGCUCAUGUUUGAAGCAGCUAUACAACCAGUUGAGAGUAAUUUGAGCGACACACACAA